UGCCAUGGUGUAGGACGGUUCAACCAACAACUGCAGUUCUCGUUUACUCGUUCUUCUGCGGCGACAUCAGCAGCUGCUAUGGCGAAGCGCUUGCAGGGAAAGGUCGCCGUUGUGACGGCAUCGACCGCGGGAAUCGGCCUCGGAAUAGUGGAACGUCUUGGCCAAGAAGGCGCAUCAGUGGUCGUCUCAUCGCGUAAGCAGUCUAACGUCGACACAGCCGUCGCAACGCUUCGAGAAAAGGGUAUUGACGCGAUGGGGAUGGUGUGCCACGUGGGAAGCGCGGAGCACCGCCGGAAAUUGGCUGAAGCUGUGGUUGCCAAGUACGGUCGCGUGGAUAUUUUCGUGUCCAACGCAGCCGUUAAUCCGACGUUAGGACCAAUCCUGGACAUGGGAGAGCGUGAGUUGGAUAAGCUGUUAGAUACCAACAUCAAGGCAGCAGUUCUUCUGGUGAAGGAGAUGGCUCCUCAUAUCCCACCAGGCGGGAACAUCGUUUUCGUCGCGUCCAUCGCCGGAUUCAACCCGAUUGCCAUGCUCGGCAUGUAUUCUGUGACCAAGACUGCUCUACUGGGCCUGACCAAGGCCCUGGCUGUCGAGCUGGCGCCUGAAGUGCGGGUGAACUGCGUUGCUCCAGGGAUUGUUCCUACUCAAUUUGCGAGUUACCUGGUGGAGAAUGAGGGGAUCAGGCAGGAGACAGAGGAGCGCACGUUGCUGAAAAGGCUGGGCUCUCCGUCGGAUAUUGCUGGAGCUGUGGCCUUCUUGGCGUCAGCAGAUGCAGCUUAUAUCACGGGCGAGACUAUUGUGGUGGCUGGCGGUAUGCAGUCUCGCCUGUGAAGCAGCAUGUGCAUUUGAAUGUUGAGGAUAUUGGAGGAUGAAGGCAAGGCAGCUCAACAUGGAUCAGAUAAGCCUUUUUGUGUAAGUAGUUCAUCAUAUUUGUAGACGAAUUGUCAAAUAUGCAACUGCUCAGUAGACUAAUACCAUGGUGGUGAUAGGUAAAGGAAUAGAUGCUUUAAAGAGGA